AUGUCGCCCCCGUCGUCACACGGAGAUCUUUUGCACCAUCGUCCAUGCAGCAGCGCCGACUUCGUCGAUCUCCGCAUGCGCCCCUCCGGCCGUUGGGCGGUGGAGAUAAAGCGGCCCAGGGAGCAGUUGUGGCCGGGCACCUUCAAUACGUCGGAGCUUGCCGCCCGUGAGUAUGAUGCCCAUGGUGUGUGGCAGCUCGACGACCCUUGUGGUCCGCUCAAUUUCCGCGAAGAGGCAGAUUUCUUCACGCGGCCGUUCGAGGUGAUGCGCCGCAAUGAGGAAUGCCAAACAGUACAUGUGGAUGUCCAUCUGCCAAGCCGAGCGGCCAUGGCCAAGUUCCGCGUCGCUCGCCCGGAGCACGUGGAGGCGGAGCUGUAG